AAAAGAGCUACAGGAUUUCUAUUGCCCGAUCACACCCGCAGACUGUUGCUCUCUUUUAUUUAGCAAACAGCUCGAACACAAAGCAACACUCGACUUAGGAAAAACGGGGGCCAAAGAAAGCCAGCAGCCCUGCAGAUAUCGCAGCUGAACCUCUCGUUCCGGCGCGGGUUGAUUUAACAAGCUGUAAAUUCGCUCUUGUCUCGAGUGAUCCCUCCGGCGCGUUCCUGGGGGGGGAGCGGGAGGGGGCGGGUAAUCUGGAGGCAGUUCUAUGGGCCAUUUGGUCCCCUAACAUGUGAGCUUCGAUACCUUCUUUUCCAAAGAGAGAGGAAAGGUGGAUUCAGGAUUUAGGAUAUUUUUGAACCAAUAAGAAAAAUAAGAUAACGAGCCAGUUAUCCAGUGCAUGGCAACCAAAGGCUCUCUAGCCUCUCCUGGAAAGCACAUGGGAAAUGAUUUUACUGCUAGCGCCUUGCGUUCUUGUUUUUUUUUUUCCCCUUCCUUAAUUUGCCUCCUUUCCUAAAGAAAAAUCAACUCUGACAGUCCUUUGGAAGGACAAAUACUGAAGCUGAAGCUCAAAUGCAAAAGGAGAAGGGGACAGCAGAGGAUGCGAUGGUUAGAUAGAUAGCGUCAUUGAGGCAAUGAGUAUGAAUUUAAGAUUGCUUUGUGGAGGAUGGGUGGGCGGUGGUUUGAUCUUUAGAAAAAUUCAUUAGAAAAAAUGAAUUCAUUAGUGGCCUUGUUAGAUACAAAACAUAUUUCUGAACAAAAUACAGAGAGCUUUCUAUUUUUGUUACUUGGAUUAAAAUUUAUUACUCUAAUCUUUCAACCAAGAUAAUUUACUUGCCAAUUGCCUCAUGAAAUUUAUGAAGGAAAUCCUUAAUCUCUUAUUAUAAGGGUUCCUCCAGGAUAAAAAGGUUGAGAAAGGUUCCUGUAGAUCAACCUUGGCCACUUUUAAAAUGUGUGGAUUUUUAACUCUCAGAAUUGCUCAAUCAAGUUUUUUUAAACUAUUUAGAUUAUUGCAAGAGGAAUUUGGAUGUGAAAUGACAGGGUAGUCAACUGAAACUUAUUUUCAUUUUACAAUUAGGUCCAGAUGUAUAAGCAGCAUCUAAAAUUCCUGAAUAACUCUCAGAACUGAUAUGUUCCUUUCAUGUGUGUUCCUCAUGGGUGUAACUCCAAAAGAGUUGAUUUCCUUGUUCCUUGUUUUAUGUAUAAUUAGAAUGGGAGGGGAGGAUAAAAGUGCAGGCGAGAAGAUUAGCGCAUAAAAGCAUUCUCCAAUGCAUCCUCUUGACAUGUGAAUCAAAAGUGUUUUGAACACGUAGCAUCAGUAAAUCUUCUUCCAAGCAUUGCCAUUGACAGUCUCCAAGCCAACAAGAUGAAUGUCUUCUGUCCAUCGACUCGUCCUACUGUUGCAAUGCCUUGUCUGCUAUGCCCGUCUCUCUUGUGCUGCCUCCUCCUCCUCCUCCCCUUUCCAUUAGCCUCCAGUACUGCUUCUAAAGGAGACACAGUGGUCAUAACUAGCAGUGGCCCUAUUAAGGGCAAGCAGUUCCUGGCCGGCAUUGGAUCUGUGACAGCCUAUCUAGGCAUUCCUUAUGCUAAGCCUCCCCUGGGGAACUUGCGUUUCCAGAAACCUCUUCCGCAUCAGCCAUGGAAGCAAACAUUGGAAGCCACCAGUUUUGGCAAUUCCUGUUCUCAAUUUAUUUUCCUGGAAGACCCUGAAGCAGAAAUAUGGUCUCCUAAAACACCACUGUCAGAAGAUUGCCUUUCCCUCAACAUCUGGGUGCCACACCCACAACCUUCUUCCCCAGUCCCUGUUUUGGUCUGGAUACACGGAGGGGGAUAUUUAAUGGGCACAUCUUCUGUGGACAUGUUCAAUGGGGCACCUUUGGCUGCCGCUGAGAACAUCAUUGUGGUCACCAUCAAUUAUCGUUUGGGAGCCCUGGCCACAGCUGCUCCGGGGAACCUUGGCUUAUGGGACCAACAGCUGGCCCUGAAGUGGGUAAAAGAGAAUGCGGCUGCCUUUGGGGGAGAUCCUUCUCGGGUGACCCUUUUCGGCCACAGUGCUGGAGGAGCUUCUGUGAAUUUCCAUCUUCUCGCACCAAAAAGCCAGGACUUUUUUGCCCAAGCGGUGAUCCAGAGCGGAAUAGCCAAUGCCUUCUAUGCUUGGAGGUCUCCUGAGGAAGCCAAACAAAAAUCACUGGAAUUUGUUCAUCUGCUAGGUUGUUCCAAGGACAAUACUAUCAGCAUAGUGCAUUGUCUGCAAACAAAAAAUGUUUCUGAACUUAUUCAGCAUGAAAUAGCUCUGUUCUUCAAAGGUGGCUUCCUUGUCAAUUUUGCCUUCAGGCCAACUGUAGAUGGGGAGUUUUUGCUUGGUGAACCAGAAAAGCUCAUGGAGGAGGGGCAAAUUCAGGUCAAACCUGUCCUCAUAGGUGAAACCUCUGAUGAAAUGGCCACAUUUGUCCACUUCGUUUUCUCUAACACCACCCACAAUCUCAUCAACCAGGAGCAGCUUCUGAAAGGAAUUCAGCUGUUGGUGCAAAAUGCAACUGAAGAUUUUAUUCGGACUAUUGCACUGAGGUACAGUGAAGGAAACUACGGCCCAGCACAAUACCGCUCUGCUCUGUCCCACUUCUAUACAGAUCGGAUCAUUGCAUGUCCAUUGAGGGAAGCUGCAGGAAAUAUCAGGAAAACUGGGAGUCCUGUAUAUGCCUAUUUAUUCGCACAUCGCCCUUCAUGGUCAGUUUGGCCCGAAUGGAUUGGGGCAUCUCACGGUGCUGAAGUUCCUUUUGUUUUUGGAACCCUUGAAUCAACGCUGCCUUUCAAUCAAACAUACACAGAGGCUGAAGCCAGGCUGAGCCGUCAGAUGAUGCACUACUGGGCAGAGUUUGCCAGAACUGGGAAUCCCACUGGGUCAGCAGCCAGCAAGGAUGAGUGGCCACUCUAUAAUGCCACAGAGCAGAAUUUCUUCCUUCUUAAUACUGAGCCAUUCCAGGAAAGGGUGAAAGAGCACUGUGAUUUUUUAAAGAGCCUUUUUUCAAAGGCUGAAGAGACACAGAAGUCCAAAGGUGAUUCUGUUUCCUCAGACUAGGAAGAAGACAGCAGGAAUCAAUCAAGACUUCUCUUUAAAGCCUGGUGAAAUGAUGACAAGCUGCACCAGAGAACCUUCCAAAAGCAUCCAUUGUCCUUUCAGAGACUGGCUGGUGGGAACUUGGAAGACAAAUAAGGAGACAACUAAAACCCACAUCACUUUUGCUGUUAAAAUAAUAAAUUGCUAGGAGUAAUUUGUUAUA